AGGGUGGUAAAAAUCUGGAAUUCGCUGUUGAAAGAGUGAGCCAGAAACACUAUUUAGAUAUUCACUUGCGUUGUGAUGGGCUCCAGGGCUAUGGGUCAAGUGUUGUAAAACAGGAUUAGUGCAGUCCGACCUUUCAGCGUGGACAUGAUUGGCCGAAUGGCCGCCUCUUGUGUUGUAAACAUCUAAGCCUGUUAGUGGACAUAAAUGUGUUCAGAAGAAGAAAUCAUUUUGACUAUGAAUAGUUACCAUGUGCUGGGAUGUGCUCAGACCAAGUAAGUGUACAGAAAUGAUUGCCAUCUUUCCUCUGCCUUUUCAAACAAAUAGGGAGUAUAUGAAACACUGAUUUAAAUAUCAUUUGUGGAUUUAAAAGGAAAUAAUCACUUCCCUCCUCAAUUGGUUCCCAGUGUGAUAUGACAAAAUAUAAUUUUAGCUCAACUAAAGUCAACCAUCUAUAAAUCCCUCUAGAUUUGAGAUUAUGCAUGUUAUUAUACAUUUUGGUAAUCUUGCCACUAUACACAUUUAAUGUUCCUUCCUUUAAUAACCUCCUUUCUCUGGUCUUGACAGCUAUCACAUACUAGAAUGAUAGCUUUGAGACAGCCCAUUCUUCAGAGCCAAGGGAAAUAAGAGGUGAGAGUGGAAUUUGAUCAGCCAGGCCAAUCAAUUGAAGUGAUAGAAAGGAAUACAGUCAGCCCAUGAAGUGCUUGUGAGAAAUGCUUGAGCAGGAAUGUGUACUUCUUAACAUGUCGGUAAUUAUAACUGAUAAAACAGUCAGCCAACAGGAAGCAGCACUGAUUCAGUACUGAACCUAACAAAAUAGAAUGGACACAUUGCCUGCUUUAAUAGGUACAAAUCAAAUUCGCAUUGCAGAAUGUGUUGAGAUAUUAUUUGAUUUGGUUUCCUUUUUGCUUCCAGUAAAAGAUUUCUUGAUCCAUUCUUAAAGGCACCAUUAAAGGACCUGUUCAUUUACAAGUUGGUCUUGAACUGAAAAUUAGCUGAAAUGACUUAAAAUUAAACCAUACUUUAGUAAUUGAACACUUUGACCUAUUUCAAAGUAUCUAAUUACAUUGAAUGUGAAUUUCAAAACAACACACAGGUCACAUCAGUUUUUUGUUUCUGAAUUCAUGCAUAACUUGGAGGUUACAAGGAAUGAGAUUUAAUUCGUUGUUAGUUAAUUCAUCUUAAAGUCUUCAGGGCUAGUUUUUAUCGGCACAGUAUUAACCAUUGUCAGUCUUUCACGAAAAUCCUCAAUUUGCGUUGUUUCCCAGCACCGUUAUUCCUUAACCUGAGCCAGCUACCACUACAAAAAUAACUGACAUCUUUCUUUUUUGAACUUUCAGUUUCUGGACAUGGUGAGGCAGAAAUGGAUGAAGAGUUUAAUUUAGCCACAGAUUUUGAAAUUGGGCACUUUUUCCGUGAGCGGAUAGUCCCUCGAGCGGUCUUGUAUUUCACUGGAGAAGCCAUAGAUGAUGAUGAGGAUUAUGAGGUGGAGGAAGGUGAAGAAGGUGAAGAGGAGGAUGAUGAUGAUGUUGAGGAGGAGGGAGAUGAAGAUGAUGAUGCUGAGAUUGAUCCUAAAUCCUUUUCACAACUUCGGUGUGGUUCCAGGUUCAUUAGUGAAAUUCAAUGACUUUAUUUAAGAUUUGGCAAGGAGACACUGCCAGAAGGAAACUACCUGACAAGCAACAAACAGGUUUAGUUAAUUGUUUCUUU